AUGAGCACUUACAAUAAUGACGCAAGCUACUAUCAUCUUGAGGCCGGGAAUAGGAAGGGUGCAUCUGGCUACGCAUUGCUUCCCCUCAAUACGGGACAUGACGACGUCGACAAGUCGCCAGCAAACCCAAGGGCGACGAGAUAUACAGAAUCGACUUACAGAUUAUGGCAAGCAGCGCCCAAAGACCUCAACCAAUCGAAAACGGAAAUGAUCAACUCUGAGCUCCUCCAGCAAGACUUCGACUCAGACCGCAAACCUGAGAUGCGAGAAUCCGAGGGCAAUGUUGAUGAGAAUGUCAAGCGCAAAUUCUCAGGCUGGAAAGUCGGUGCCACUGCUGGCGCUUGCACGUCAAUCGCUGCACUUGCCGUCAAUGUUGCAGUCCUUGUAUGGAUGAGCCAGCACCCGGCUGUCAGUAGCAGAGGGACAAGACAAGGUCACGUUGAGAUCUACUCAGGGAGCUGCAAGAAAGUCAAGGAGAUGAAUUUAUGGGUGCAUUUCGGCAUCAACGCAGUCUCCAGCAUCUUGCUCAGCGCUUCCAAUUUCAGUAUGCAAGUGCUCUCCGCGCCAAAGCGCCAUGAAUUGGAUCGCGCGCACACCAAGGGUAAAUAUCUUGACAUUGGUGUCCAGAGUCUGCGGAACUUGUCAAGUAUCUCACCAUGGAGGAGCUCGCUGUGGUGGGUCCUGUGUCUCAGUUCUAUACCUCUUCACCUCCUUUACAAUUCGGCUUUCUACUCUUCACUAUCAGCCAGGAGCUAUAUCGCCUUUGCCAUGACGCCUGAUUGGCAGUCAUUCACUGCUAACCAAGGCUUGCCGCAGUACAAUUACUACGAAUUCAACGACUUACAUGCAGGUGCAAGGUACCUUGAGAACCUAACCCAGCACCCCGAUGCUCUUGAAUAUCUCAAGCCCGCUGAUUGUCUGAACCUCUAUGCUCAAACGAUUGUGACAGGCAGGUCAAAUCUCGUUCUGAUCACAAAUGAUGAGCAAGAGGGUUCUCGAAAUUCUUCCCUGCUGGACUACGUCUUUUAUGAGUUUGACGAAGCAGUCACGAGAAGCGGCUCGAACUAUCAUCCUUAUGAGUGGAUAUGUGGAAAGUCACCACGAAUGUCUCGAUACUUGAAUAUUCCCGAUUCGGGAGAAGGCUGCAAUGCGAAGGUUUCUAAGCUCAAAAAUCAGAUCGAGCAGUGGACCCCUUGGGAUCACAACAUCGACCACUGCUUGAGUGAGCGUAUUGAACAUGAACUCUGCCGGUUUAUUGGCGACACGAAGAUCCUGAUGGUGGUCAUUGUGUGCAAUGCAAUCAAAAUCCUGUGUAUGUUGAUCGUCGCAUUUGGUCUGGGCAAGCGCCCACCACUUAUUACAGUGGGUGACGCUAUCAGCUCCUUCCUUCGGCAACCUGACGUGACGACAAAAGGGUGUGGCCUACUCAGCAGGAAGGAUGUCAGUUCCCUAUGUGCAGAACCCAAGAAACCCGAGGCUAUUGUCAGUGCGCAGCGAGCAGAGAUAGACAACGGAACACGGGCUUCAUCCCAGAUUCUUACCUGGUCCAGAGCUGCCAGUCACAAGCGUUGGAAGGUGACCAUUGGAUGCAUCCUGCUUGCUGUACUGGUCGUUCUCGUCUUCUUUGGUAUUGGCUAUGGUGUCGUUUCGGGCUAUGCCGGUGAAUCCAUCACGUCGAUCGGUUUUGGAAAGACGCAGCCUGCAGCCAUCGUUACCAGUUGGCCCAUUUCCAAUACCCUCUUCACGGCACUCGUUGCCAACAUUCCGCAACUGAUUUUUUCCUUCCUAUAUGUCAAUCUUAACAGCUUGGUCACAUGCAUGUGGCUGGCCAGCGAAUGGAACGAUUUCUCUCUGGAGCGCAAAUCUCUUCGAGUAAGCUUGCCACGCGCAGAACAGCGAAGCACAUAUUUUCUCCAGCUACCAUAUCGCGUUGGUGUCCCGCUCAUCAUCGUAUCUUCCCUGAUGCACUGGCUCAUUUCCGAGUCGCUGUUCCUAGCAAUUGUGGAAAUAGUCGACUGGGAGGGCGGCCUAAGCAAAAUCGAUAUCAUUUCGUUGGGCUUCUCUUUGCAACCGAUGCUAAUUGUCAUGGUAACAGCCGUGGGACUCUGCGUGGGCACGAUAGCGCUGGGUCGGACCCGCAAGCUGAAGGGAGAAGGCUUCAUGCCAGUGGCGAGUAGCUGCUCCCUUGCGAUAGCAGCAGCCUGCCACGCGCCAGCUGGUGAUGAGAAGGCCUAUCUUACUGCUGUGAUGUGGGGUGCGGUAGCGGCUGAGAAGCAUGUGCCUGAGAACUGUUACUCAAGUUACCCAGCCGAGCGAAACAGUAUCGGCCAUUGUUCAUUCACUAGUCGAAAUGUAGAGCAGAUACAGGAAGGCAGAUUGUACGCUUAA